AUGUUCAAACACAUAUGCAACUGCCGUGCCUUCGCUCAGCGGCCGCUCCUGGCGUCGCAGCGAUUGAUGAGCAGCAGGCCGACUUACAACGCAUGGCUACCCCAACCAGAUGCUGACGGUUGGUACGAUGGGCGGAAACACCCAAGACGACUGGAAGAGUUCGACAACGGGAAGACUCGCGCAAGGGAGGACCAGCGCGUACGGGCGAACACUAGGCUCUCGCCCCCAUCGCGGUCGGGCGGUACACCUGCUAGACGGUCAGGCAGCGACUCCAGCUCAAGAAGCUCUGGUGAUGCGUCUCGUAACGAACGUGGACGGGAUGAGAGGUUCUCAACAUCAUUGUCGAGGAGGAGUCCUCCCCGGCCAAGGAGGUCACACAGGGACGAUGGACCGCCGGCACCCAAGAGGAAGGGUGGCGGUUUUGUACUAAUGCCGAAACUAUCUCAAGAAGAACUGGACAAGAUCAGCAAACCUAAGGACGUCUGGGAAGCCAGAUCACUCUACUUCGUCCCCCCCAAGAGAUCAAAAGAACACCAGAAACCCACCCGGCAACCCAAACCGCCAAAACCCGAACCCUCCCGAAGGAACCGCGACGCAGCAGCCAUGAUCGCCAGCCCAGACGCCAUCAAAGCAGCAAUCUCAAUCUCAGAAAAGGACCUCCGCCUAGCGCGGAGACCGCCCCCGCCGCCCCCCGAAAUCGAACUCGAGGGCGACGGCGGCAGCCUCGUCGCGGACCCCAUCGCCAACGACGACGUCCUCCCGCACGCCCUCGCCGCCCGCUUCUUUCUAUCUCCGCCCGCGACGUUCCUGUACUCGGCCUUUCGGCUGAAGCACCACCCGCUCAACACCACCACGCCCGAGAUCUGCGUCGUCGGCGCCAGCAACUGCGGGAAAUCGUCCUUCAUUAACGCCCUCACCGGCGCGGCGUCGCUCGCGAAAGUAAGCGAUCGCGCGGGCAAGACCGUCUCCAUGAACGCGUACGGCGUGGGACCCUUGACGGGCCUUCCUUUCCGGAAACCAGUCGCCUCCCCUUCUUCUUCCUCGUCCGAGGGCGGCGGCGUCACAAAGGAAGAAAAACCAGAACACGGCAUCAUCCUCGUCGACACCCCCGGCUACGGCUACGCCUCGCACGAAGAAUGGGGCCGCGAAAUCGUCGAAUAUAUCAACAAGCGCACCAUGCUCCGCGGCAUCGUCCUCCUCCUAUCCUCCGAGAAAAAGGUAUCCGAAAAGGACGCGCAAAUCGUAAAACUCCUCGCCGACGCCGGCCGCCCCGUGAUGCUUGUCUUCACCAAGAUGGACAAAGCGCUCUCCCGUAAAGCGCGCGAGGAAGGCGGCAUCGCGCAGCGGUUACGCGAGGCGGAGCGCUGCUUCGCGAGGACGGGGUGGGAUGGCUGGGUGAAGAGGGUGUACAUCACCGCGGCGCGGAUGGAGCGCGAUAAGAGCUGGAAGGUGGAUGAGGGGACGCGGAGCGGUGCGGCGGGGAUGGCGGGGGUGAGGAUGGGGGUUUUAGAGUUGGCGGGUGUGAGGGAGUUUGUUGCGCCUGAGAAGGCUAGCAAGAUGGUUGCUCAGCGGAGGGCGGCGCAAAAGUCGCAAAAGACACAGGACAAGGGCGGGGAGGAAGAAGAGGAAAAGAGGCUGGAGCCGGGUAAGGCUUUGGAGAGUGAUCCGGCGGCGUGGUCUGGGGACGUGGUUUCGUUUGAGGAGCUGGAGAAGAAGUUUGGGGACUGGAGUUCGUGA